AUGUCCAACACGAUUGAGGACGAUACCGGGAUACAAGGGCAAAAUGUGCUGGAACGGAUUAGCUCACUGCUCAACGGUGGUUCGUCCGGUUCGUCUACAGGGGCGACCGGUACAACACCUGCCGCACCCAAUACGCUGGUGCUGGAGGACAUCUCGCAAACACGAACCGUCCAUGAGGAGGAAAUACUGCUCAUCAAUGGUAUACCGGUACGCCUUCCAGCGGAAAACUCCGACCACAGCACGGCGAGUGACGGCACGGAUGAUGACGCCGUCUCGAUACGUGAUGCACUGCGGGCCGGAGAGAUUCCAUCCAUCUUAGUAUUAAACCGCAUUAUCGAGAAGCUGCAUCGGAGCAAUACGGGCCCGGGUAUGGUGGUUGCUGUCGAAACCUCGCUAACCGUGUCGAACUGUCGCAAAACGACGGAAAAGUGCGUCGUACAACCGAUCCCAACCGGGCGCACCGGUGAUCCGGUGGUUAACCCGUGGGAGGUGACGGAGGAACGGGUGGAAAAGCAGCUUUACAACAGCCGUACGGUCGAGAUGACCGAGGGAUACCGCGGACCGGCGGACGGUAGCAUGCCGAACCAGAAACACUGCUGGCCAAGCGGUAGCGUUGACUCGGGCCAGUGGACCGAAACGGACGCACCGGAAAUAAAACACGCUGCGGAUCCUCAGUACACGAAGGCGGACGAGCUGCUGCUACACUACACCGAAGGUAACCUAAUAUCGGGUUCGCUGGACGGACUGCUGACACAUUUUACGCCCACCGUCUCGUACAUUCCGGACCGUUCGUUCAUCUUUACCUUCCUGCUUGCCGCACGACAGUUCCUGCGCCCGGACGAAAUACUGGAGAAGACGCUCCGGGCCGCGUUGGCGAACGGUGGCACAUCCAACCUGCCCCAUCUGCUCGCCGCCUGGAUGCAUGACUUUCCGUACGACUUUCGGGAUGAGCGUAUGAUGCGGUUGGUGCGCAGCUUCACGGAGCAGCAAUCGUCCAACGUUUCGUUGCCACAUGACCAACCGGACCGUGCCCGGUCAUCGAACCGUGGCUCGGUCCGCGAACGGAGCACGCUCUCCCGUGCGCUGCGACGUCUCGCGCACCAACUGGCCAAGCUGGAAAAAUACGAGCUGGAAAAGAGCAAUCUACAACAGCUAAAGUACGGUGCGGAUGAGUGGAAAACGGCCCCGUCACUCGUCGAGCUGGCGAGCGGUUCGCCCGUACUCAUGGCCAACACACUAACCGCCAUCGAGGCGGAAAGGUUUUCAUUCAUCGGGCUGGAAGAAUUUUUCCCCUCGCCGUGCAGCGGUACGUCCAGCGGUUCCGGGUCCAGCUACCGCGCUGGUACGACCGGCAGCAAUCUGCUUGCGUACGUCCAGUGGUACAACCGGUUGACGUACGUGGUCGCGACAGAUAUAUUGCGAUCGCCGCGCAAACGUCACCGUGCCCGGGCGGUCGAGUUUUGGAUUGAAACCGGCCGAGAAUGCUUUAAUCGGGGCAACUUCAAUAGCCUCAUGGCCAUCAUCGCUACCUUGACCGGUGGCCCAAUAGGACGGUUAAAGAAAACGUGGACGAAGGUUACAUCGUCGUCGUCGUCGCUGCUGUCCGGUAUGACGUCGUCGAGCAUGAUUUCCAGUGCCAGCGGGAUCGGUAACAGCUCCUCUACGUGCAGCAGUGCGGCUGGCGGUGGUCGCCAGCAACUUGCCAUCCUAGAGCAUCAGGCCGAUCCGACGAACAAUUUCGCGACGUACCGUGCGACGCUGCAGGCGGCGGCCUGGCGCAGCUGUCCCGUCAGCUCUAGAUCCUCCUCCACGUCCUCAUCCAGGUCGUCGCAGGAAAAUUCGUCCUGCUCGUCGGACGACGGGCAGGGUCCGACGAACGCGAAGAAAGGUUCCGCUGUCGCGGUGUUGCCGUUCUUCAGUCUGCUGCUAAAAGAUCUGCAUUUCUUAAACGAAACCAGUGGCAGUUCGAUCCUUCCGAAUGGACACAUAAAUUUCGACAAAUGGCGCCAGCUAGGUGAACGGUUAUCGGAGGUGCGCCGCUGGCAGCGACAAAGCAGCUAUCAGCGCCGUUGUCGGUUAGGCCGACGGCACAAAUCGGUCACGUCGGCCGAGGUGACAACGUUGCGUGAUGCCAUCGAGCGGGGCGCUGUAAUAGGCGACCGGGACACGAACGGUUCGCACGAUGCAUCGAAAGCGGGCCGUGACCAUACAGAUGGCGGUAACGAUGACGGUGAGCGCGGUGCGGCUGCACUAGCCAAAGUGAGCUACGAGCGGGAAGCACCGGAAGGUGCGGUAGAAAAAUCCCACUGGAAAUCAUUACAACAGUAUCAUGCUUAA